UCAGUGGUGCCGGUGCCUCCGUCUCGACAGUACCUCGGCCGCCUGCGCUCCUCUAGUGAAGGACAGACAGUACCUUUGGGACAUGAUGGUGAGAGCCAGCCCGGCGGGGACGUGCCCUCGUGUCCAACAGUGACCUCCGCCGCCCAUGCAAUGACAGCCAUUCCUCGAAACGCGCCCCUCCGGCGGCGCCGCCGCUGGCACGGCCUGGUGCAGCUUGGAGGGGUCACCGUUUUCACCUUCGGCUUCGUGGGCGCCGCCGUCCUGCUGCAGGGGGCGCCCUCCCCGCCCUAUGCCGAACGACACAUGUCUCCCCGAGACCUCCACAUCUCGGGGUCAAGAUCCAUCCUCCAGGCGACGUCGACGGAGCAGAGUGACGUGCUGGAGACCUCCGUCGAGCCCUCCAAUGAGACGGAGGUGAAGGUCAAAGCUGACCCGCUCUUCCCGCCCGACCUUUUCACGCUGGAGGAGCGGAGGAAGGGCGCCAUCGUACUGCACGUGCUGGGCAUGAUCUACAUGUUCGUGGCUCUCGCCAUCGUGUGCGACGAGUUCUUUGUGCCGGCCCUCGACGUCAUAAUCGAGAAGCUGCAGAUCUCGGAGGACGUGGCCGGGGCCACCUUCAUGGCCGCCGGCGGCUCGGCCCCUGAGCUGUUCACGUCCAUCAUCGGCGUCUUCAUCAGCUUCGACGAUGUGGGCAUCGGCACCAUCGUGGGCUCCGCUGUGUUUAAUAUUUUAUUUGUGAUCGGCAUGUGUGUGUUGUUUUCCAAGACGGUGUUGGACCUGACGUGGUGGCCUCUGUUCCGCGACGUGACCUUCUACAGCGUGGCGCUGUUGUCACUGGUGGUGUGCUUUUUGGACAACUUUGUGUACUGGUACGAGGCCCUCAUUAUGUUCUCGAUGUACCUUGCCUAUUGCAUAUUCAUGAAGUUCAACUCCGACGUUGAGCGCUUCGUCAAGAAACACCUCAACCGCAACAAGGUGACCCGCGUCUGCUCCACCGACCAACUAGUGCCAAACCAUCAAAACGCCGCUCAGACCUUGCACGCGGCGGGCCCCCAGCCAGCCCAGCGGGGGGAGCGACGCCCCUCGGCCGCCGUUCUCCACUCCGGCACCAAGUUCAGGCAUGGACUCCUGCAGCUGAUGAUCCACACCAUCGACCCGCUGCAUGACGGGCUCGAGGAGGAACCCGGCAAGGUGGACGAGAAGGCGACGCAGCUGCACGCCAUCGCCUCCCUCAAGGUGCUCCUGGACGCCACCAAGCCCCAGAACGGCCGCGUCGAGACCUACCGCUCGGACGGCCUCGCCCCCGACCCUCGCCCUGACAAUCAGUCACACGUAAGUGGCCGCUCGUCGCAGGGCACCGAGAUGACCCACGUGGACUCCCUCGCCUCCUCGGACGCCGCCUCGCACAGCGGACCCCACACCAACGGCGACCUCCAGUCCGAGGGCAACUCCGUGGCUAACAAUGUGAGUUAUGGCACCAACUCUGUGCGCAAGAUACCUCCUAAGACCCCCCAGAACGGCGACAACAAUGGCCUCACGCCGGCACUCAACCCGGCCGCCCCCGAGGUGACCGACCCCGAGGCUGCUACGCCCACCACGCCCGCGGGUGAUGGCGACGACGAGGAGGAGACGAAGCCCAUUGACCUGAGCUGGCCGAACACAUGGAGAAAACGCGCCACGUACAUCAUUGUGGCUCCCCUGAUCAUCCCCCUCUGGCUCACCCUGCCCGACACCAGAACCCCGCGAGGCAAGCGGUUCUUCUUCAUCACGUUCAUCGGCAGCAUCUUGUGGAUCGCCGCCUUCUCCUAUCUGAUGGUGUGGUGGGCGGGGCUUGUAGGAGAGGUCAUCAACAUUCCGCCGGAGGUGAUGGGACUGACGAUCCUGGCGGCGGGCACGUCCGUCCCUGAUCUCAUUACCUCCGUCAUCGUGGCCAGGAAGGGCUUCGGGGACAUGGCCGUCUCCUCCUCCGUCGGCAGCAACCUCUUCGACGUGACCUGCGGCCUACCCAUCCCCUGGCUCCUCUUCGCUCUCGGGGAGGUGAUCAAGAACAUCAUGAACGGCAGGGACCCCACCGACAUCAACCCCAUCGAAGUGAAGUCAGAUGGAAUGGCGUGCUCCAUCAUGAUGCUGUUUGGAAUGCUCAUGUUCGUGAUUGUCGCCAUCGCCUGCUCCAAGUGGAAAAUGAACAAAGGUCUCGGAAUGACCAUGUUCGUCUUGUACUUCAUCUUCGUCUGCAUGUCGCUCCUCUUCGAAUACAAGUUCUUCUCAUGUCCCUUCUGAGCGGCAUGCGAGGCACCUCACAGCUCCUACUCCCGCCGUGGAAGAAGACAUCACAAUUCUCAAGUUUCCCAAAGCAAAAACAUGUAUAUCCGAAAACGAAAAAACACAAAAAAGCGAAAAUGGAAAUGCCUCCUCAACCUUUACCUGGUUCAUCCUUUCCUCGCCCCCUCCACCCCCCUGGUCUGAGGCACCUCAUCCCCUCACUCCCCCUCACCUCAUAGGGCCCUCCAUGUUACCCCUGCCCCUACACACACACACACACACACACACACACACACACACACACACACACACACACACACACACACACGCACACUAGUAGGUGUAGUAUCGUCUGCUGCCGCUGGUCCUGCUAAACGACCGGCCGCCCGGCCUCACCAUCCAGCAGAGAGAGCAGUGUUUGCAUAACCCUUUUUUGCUGAACUGUCAGACAAGCUAACUUGGCGGAGCACAGUGAGUUACAUGACUUUCUUUGCAUACUCCAUUGUCAAUGAGAACGACUUGGCUUUGUUUUCUACUCGUGCACAAUGCAGCCGCGCGAAGGACGUGUCUGCCACCCAGUGAGACGUUGCCCCUCCUUAGGAACACCACACAAACCCGAGCCUGAAGGAGUCACUAAAUUGCUGCAAACGGAUUAUUACACUUCGGACUUCAUGGAGGGGCCUCCGCACGUACGUACCUCAGAAGUCUUCCCCUCCUUGCCCACUCCCCCUCCACCUCCCCCUCCCCCAGUGGCCCACCGGACCCGCUCACAGUCACGCACUAAAUUUCGCUGCGCUUACAUCCCUUGACAAAGCCCCCCCGCCCCCCCCACCCCGCCUGGAGGCUCACCACACACACGAACCCUCCCGGAAACGCACAAAACCGAAAAUCGGAAACCCAGACACACACUCACACACUCAUACACACAUACACACGCACACGCACUCAAGCAUACACACACACACACACACACACACACACACACACACACACAGUCAAGUGCUUCGAAGUGUCAGCCUUGUGGCCGCGCUGGGUUGCCCCGGACGCUGACGGCCUGCCCAGCGAGGCUCACCUUCCCCGCCGCGUCAGGCCAAUAAAUUAAACAAAAGGGACGAGCAGGGAAACGUGUUACAAGAUCACGAAAUGCUGGUAAGCUCAAUGAGCAAACAUUUUUUACAUUUUCCAGAAUACUCACUUCGUCACAUGGCCACCUUUACUUUACUAAGCAGUCUAGUGCGUUGGGUCGUAGUCUUUUUUAUUUCUUUAGAACUAGAAACUUCCAUGACUGUCGAAUUUUUGGCACUUGUAAGGGACAUCCACGAAGUAUUCCUCCCCCUCCUCCCGCCCCCGGGCACGGGCCGGUGGUGGCGACGGCCGCGCCGCCCCCCACCGCCGUGUUCCGCCGCGCCCCCCUUCGCUCCCCGCCCCGCCCCGCCCCCUCGCCAAACAGAGGCUUGACGAGUUUCGGUAUCGGCUUGGAGCAAAUAUAUAUAUAUAUAUAUAUAUAUAUAUAUAUAUAUAUAUAUAUAUAUAUAUAUAUAUAUAUAUAUAUAUAUAUAUAUAUAUAUAUAUACUUGCUCUAUUUUAGAAUAACUCUUACUUAGAGAUUUGUUGCCUUGCAAGGAAGAUCAUUUGAAGACUCAAGGCUUUUACAGUAACAAACACAUGCUAUUGCCUUGGAAUAUGGUUCUGUUUUAAUCUUUAGUGUAUUUGCAGUGCUGUAGUCGUGUCAGUGUUAUAAUAUUGAUGGCGUUCCAUCACUUGUUUAUAUUAUUUUGAGGUUAGAUCUCAUCAACUGGCCGAACAAGUUUGAGAAAUGAUGGUAUUAAGACGAAGAUGACUGCUGAAGAUUGUAAUCUGUGAUAAACACGCCCUUGACACUGCUGUCUCCUCCACCACACCACCACACCACCAGUCCACCACUACCACCUCCACCAUCAUUCCUCGAACGCUUGCUCGUCGACUGACCGCAGUAGACUGUAGUCCAGCUGAACUAGGGGCCGUCCUGCCCGCGGGAGGGUCGCCGCCUGUAAGGUCGACCGCCCCGCUAACUUACUCAACGCUCGUGGCCUGAAGUGUACUUGUGACCAGAUGGGCGAUUACGAGCCGUCUUGGGGAGGCGCCGACUUUGUGGCCGCCCCGCGCCAGGCCGACACCCAAAGAAGCACGUGCAGUGUGCGUUACCAAAGAUGUCAACCAAAUGAGAGCCCAAACACCUCGAACUGACGGCGCCGCCCUCGCUCAGCUUGUAAACGCUCAUCGACGAUCUAUGACGCAGCUACAGCAAGUCAAGAAUAUACGAGGUAGAGCAGCUUCAUGUAGCUUUCACUGCGGCACUGCUCCUAGUUCAGUCACCGUGAUGAUUUCUGCCAAGCCCUCGCUACCUUGGGGCUCCUGAGUUAGCUAGUAGACCACGCACACAGCAAUAAACACACGGCAUUUGUAUCUGGAAAAAAA